AUGAAACUGUUCUUCAUUAUUAUUUGUUGUCUGUCUCUAUUGAUUUGUUCUGAUCUCUCUGUCGCCGCAAUAGAAGCUUUACCUGCGUGUUCACUUUACUGUAUUGUGUCAAAGACAGUAUCCAGUUGUUCACUAGGGGACUAUGAUUGUACGUGUCGCGAAGCGCAGUCGAAUUUAAGUUCUUUCAAAUAUAUAUUUGGUUGUGUACAGGCUUCUUGUGACGCCUCCGACAUUUCUAAAUUUUUAGAAGCUAGUAAUGCAAUAUGUAAGAACGUGAUUGGAGUAGAACCUUUUCAAAUAUCUGGAGAAAAUGAAUUGAUACUAGCUGGGACAUCUAAGUCAACUUAUCCAUUCAUACCAACUGAUCCAGCCAUACCAGCUGAGCCAACUGAUCCAGCCAUACCAGCUGAGCCAACUGAUCCAGACAUACCAGCUGAGCCAACUGAUCCAGACAUACCGGCUGAGCCAACUGAUCCAGACAUACCGGCUCGCCCCAAAUAG